UCACAUUGCUUUCGCUCUGACAGAACAACGUGCGUUUGUCAACGAAUGUAUGUUUUGAUUUCAACGCGAACGUCGUUUUAAAUGCACGUGUUGAGUUUGACAUGUGUUUUGAAAAUAUAGUUUAGACUCGCGCGCAACUGAAAUUAUGGACAUAAAUAAAACGAAAUUUAUACACAAUUUGAAUUUAACAUUUAGGGAUGAUAGCGCAUCAUCAUCGCACUCAUGGACGAGCGCUGACGAUGGUAUCAUCGAUAUGGAUAAAAUAUUGGGCCUGUUGGCCAAACGGAUCAUCGAUCCAAAGUACACUGAGCAAAUUGGCCGACGAUUUGAAGAUAUUUUACCGCUAAUUUUAAUGGAAAAUGUGAAUUUUGAAUCGAAGCAAGACACGGAUUCAUUCUUGAUUCAUCACCGGCGGAAAUGUGUUGCCCUGGCCAAAUUGGUAUCACUCUCGUCGUCACAUGCUCAACGAUUUGCAUUUACAUACUUUGCGAGGAUGCCGUCACCUUUCAGCGGCGACCUAAAUGCCGCUUCGAGAAAGAAAGUCGCCAAAACGAAUCAUUCAACAAAUGAUAAUGAACCCACGAAAUUGGAUAUUCUAAAAUGCAGUUACACAUUCUUAAAAUUGAAUAUAACGUUUUUCAUGCGCCAAUGGAAGUGGUCGGAGUUUAUUGAAAAGUACGGUGCCACGGUCACGAAACAGAGUGAUGAGUAUAAACUCAUUUACAAUCGCAUUUUAGCACUGCUCACCGGCAUGACGCACGCACAAUUGGCACUAUUGAAUGGUGACAUUCCAGUCGAUGUUGAAAUCAAUUUUUCGUCACAGCAUAUGGGCGAAACAUCGAUACUCGGCGAUGAAGAGGAACAUUUUGAUGAUGCCGAGUGUUUCAAGUGGAAUUUGAAAAAUGAAUUGUUCACCAACGUUGAAGGUGUUUUACUACCGAUUUUUAAUCCUUUGACUUCGAGCAAUAAUAGUUCUAUUGUUAUGGUUGAUUCGGCCCAUCAAAAUUUGAGAAGCAUUGCCAUUGGAGUGGCAGCUGGUAAAGCUGUGUGCCUAUCUGGAUCGGUCGGUAGUGGAAAAACAACACUCAUCGAAUAUUUGGCAUAUAAAACCGGUCGCAUUCCAAUCAGACAAUUGGAAAAUGUUGAUAGCGAAUCGAAAGAAAACAACAGUAUUGCCAUUAAGGAUAAAACCAAGUCAAACAAGCGGAAAGCCACCGAAAUGGACAAAACAAAUAAUAAAUUAGUCGUUGGACCGAAACAAAUGAUGCCAAAUGGAUUUUUGCGAAUCCAACUCGGCGAUCAAACCGAUAGCAAAAUGUUAUUAGGACAGUAUCAUUGUACGGAUGUGCCCGGUGAAUUCGUUUGGCAACCGGGCGUUUUAACUCAAGCUGUGAUGAACGGUUAUUGGCUUCUAUUGGAAGAUUUAGAUCAUUGUUCGAGGGAUGUAUCUGUAAUGCUUACGAAUUUCUUUGAAAAUAAUUACCUCUCCGUGCCCGGUUUUCGUGAUUGCAUUCAAAUUUCGUCGGGAUUUCAAUUGUUUGUAACACAAAGAAGCAACGAAAAAGGCUCACAAGCUAGUCGAAAUUCAAAUUCGUCCUACUUUCAACUCCUGGAAAAGUAUUUGUACACAGUCAACAUGUUGCCACUGUCGCAAUCGGAGCUGUGCGAAAUUGUGUGUGAGAAAUAUCCAAAAUUAUCAACAGUAGCCGAUCGCAUCGUUGAUGUAUUUUUGAUGAUUUCCUCGUCGGAAGCCAAAGAAUUUAUGGGAUUGGGAGAAAAAAGUUCCGGUCGUUUGGUAUCAACGCGAGAUUUAUUAAAAUUAUGCAGCCGCUCGUCGCCAACCUUUUCAAUCACCAGCACUGAAUGUGCAUAUUUUGUCUUUCAAAAUGCUGUCGACUUAUUUUGUUCGCAUCUCACACAGGGUGAGGGAAAAAAUAAUUUAGUCGUCAACAUCGGCUCAAGACUGGGCAUAAUUCCAUCGCGCUGUGAGUAUUUAUCGAAUGAAUACAAGCCAGAUGUAUCGAUUGACGAUGGAUCGCGUUCAUUUCGAGUCGGUCGAAUCACACUUUCACGUCGCGGCGACACAAAUGGCCAACUAAAACGAACGUCCAACACAAGCAACGACCACGAAGUCGGCAAUGAUGCGAAUGCACAAAAACGGCUACGCAUUGAUUCCGAAUCAAAUUUCAAUAUUUAUCAAAAUCGUCAGUCGAAACAAAAAACACCAAAUUUCUCAUUCACUCGGUUGUCCUCGUGCCUGUUGGAGCGAAUCGCUGUGGCAGUGCAGGAGACUGAGCCAGUUCUGCUGGUCGGUGAAACUGGUGUUGGUAAAACCAGCUCCGUUCAAUACCUUGCCCAUCAAACGAAUCACAAAUUGGUCGUUAUCAACAUGAACAAUCAAUCAGAUGUUAGUGAUUUGAUCGGUGGUUUUAAGCCAGUUGAUCUGGCAUAUGUGAUUGCUCCACUGCGCGGGGAAUUCGAAUUUUUAUUCAAGGAAACGUUCGACGCAAGUAAAAAUGAGAAAUUUUUAAAUAACAUCAGCGUAUGCUACAAUCAAGAGAACUUUAGUGUGUUGAUUCAAUUGAUGCUGCGAAUUGUGAGCACGGUUUUUACACGGAAAACCAAAAAUGCACAAAAUCUCAGCCGAUGGACAGCGUUGAAGAUAAAAUUAUCAAAGUUAAACAUACAAUUAGAACAGUCGAUGAACAUUUCGUUUGCAUUCAUCUCCGGCCCAUUGGUGAACUGUAUCAAAAAUGGUGACUGGGUUUUGUUGGACGAAAUCAAUUUGGCAACGCCAGAGACUCUAGAAUGUUUAUCGACAAUCCUCGAACCAAAUGGAUCGAUUGUUUUACUGGAAAAGGGUGAUUUUGUACCGGUAAAACGUCAUCCAGAUUUUCGUACAUUUGCCUGUAUGAACCCGAGCACGGAUAUUGGUAAAAAAGACCUCUCCAUUGGCAUUCGUAAUCGUUUCACGGAAUUUUUUGUCGACGAACUCACGUUGGAAAGUGAUUUAAUCAUUUUGGUUAGUGAUUAUUUGCGACACACCGGCAUUCAAGGUGCCAAAGUGUUGGCUAUCGUUCAGUUGUAUCGAAAACUACGUGCAAUGGCACAAUUGGAACUCAAUGAUGGCUUAGGGAAUCGACCCGUUUACUCCUUGCGAACAUUGUGCCGGGCAUUGAUCAUCUGCUCGAAGAAUCUUUGCGGUUCGAUUGAACGAAAUUUGUACGAAAGUUUCUGCCUGAGUUUCCUCACCCAACUGGAUCCAUCAUCACAUUUGGUCGUUCUGACCUUGAUACAAAAGUCUCUGUUGCCAGUAAAUCAAAAGGCUGUGCUGUCACAAGGAUUACCAAAACCAAAGGAUAAUAUUGAAUACUUGAAUUUCGAAGGAUACUGGAUCAAAGUCGGACAGAAAACGGUGCAAUCCUGCGAUCAUUACAUCAUGACCGAGAGUGUACGAGAUAAUCUUCGCGAUUUGGCUCGUAUCAUUUCAAUCGGUCAAUUGCCGGUAUUAUUACAAGGACCAACGAGUGCCGGUAAAACAAGUUUGAUCGACUAUGUGGCCAGACGAAGUGGCAACUACUGUUUGCGAAUCAACAAUCACGAACAUACCGAUUUGCAAGAGUACAUUGGAACUUACACAGCCGAUGUCACCGGAAAACUAGUAUUCAAAGAAGGAGUGUUAGUUCAAGCCAUGAAAAACGGCUAUUGGAUUAUUUUGGACGAAUUGAAUUUGGCGCCCAGUGACAUUUUAGAAGCAUUAAAUCGUGUACUGGAUGAUAAUCGUGAAUUGUUCAUCCCCGAAACACAAGAAUUGAUCCGAGCCCAUCCGAAUUUCAUGCUGUUUGCCACACAAAAUCCACCUGGUUUGUAUGGCGGUCGAAAGAUGUUGUCGCGAGCCUUCAAAAAUCGUUUUGUUGAGUUACACUUUUCGGAUAUCCCAAAACAUGAACUUGAGAUCAUUUUGGAGAAAAGAUGUUUGAUCCCCAAGUCUUAUGCACAAAAAAUGGUGAAAACCAUGUCUGAACUGCAGGCAUAUCGUACAAAUUCAGCCAAAUCAUCGUUCACCUUGAGAGAUUUGUUCCGAUGGGGAAAUCGGUACACGUUUGCCAACAAAGACCUUCUGACCGACAAUCGCUACGAUUGGAAUCAACAUUUAAUCGACGAAGGUUACUUGGUGCUAUCCUCACGUGUUCGUAACGAAAGUGACAUUGAUGUAAUUGAAAGCGCUCUGUUCACCAAUUUCCGUAAGAAGAUCAUCGUGGACAACCUAUUCAAAUUACAUGACAACACGUCACAAGUUACUCGACCACUUCUUGAGAGCAUAACCAAUUACGAAUGUGAAGUUGCUUCGAAUGUAAUCUGGACAUCGAACAUGAUUCGUACUGCGAUCAUGGCUGGCAAAUCAAUUGAGUUCAAUGAACCAGUUCUAUUGGUCGGUCAAACUGGCUGCGGUAAAACGACCAUCUGUCAGAUUCUCGCGAACAUCGCUCAGAAAAGCCUGCGAAUUUUGAAUUGUCACAUGCACACCGAAGGAGCCGAUUUCUUGGGUGGUCUUCGACCAUUCCGAGGCGGCGAUGAAAAUGACAUGGAAGUUGAAAGCGAUGACAACAGUAAACAACGAAAACUCUUCCAAUGGAAGGACGGCCCAUUGAUUCAAUGCAUGACUGAAGGUACAUUCUUUUUAGCUGAUGAAAUUUCCCUCGCCGAAGACUCAGUACUCGAACGAUUGAACUGCGUUUUAGAACCAGAACGAACGAUUUUACUCGCUGAAAAGGGUGGCGGCAGCAAUGAUAAUUUUCUACUUGAUUUAGCCAAUCCAAAUGAUUCAGCCGGUGAAUUUGUGAUUAAAGCCAAUGAUGGUUUUCAGUUUUUGGCAACCAUGAAUCCUUCUGGCGAUUUUGGCAAGAAGGAACUAUCGCCGGCGUUGCGAAAUCGAUUCACCGAGAUUUGGUGCCGAUCGGCUGACAAUGAACAUGAUUUAGUUUUAAUCGCCGAACAUUCGCUGAAAAUUGGAUUUAAUACAAAUAUCGAUGCAAAUAUCAUUUCGAAUGCGGCUGUUGUAAUUGUGAAAACUGUUCGAUUCAUCAAAGAAAAUGUGGAGAAGUUUCACUACUCCGUGCGUGAUAUUUUGGCAUGGGUUCAAUUCAUAACAAUCAAUACGAACAAUUUACCCAUUUGUCAUGCAAUCAUUUUCGGUUUGGAAACAAUGUUCUUGGACUCGCUGGAAAUGUUGCCGCAUGUGGACACGAACGAGAUUAAAACACAACGCAAGAUGAUCUUAGAGUUUUUGGUCGAUGAAAUUCAAGCGCGACUAAAGGAAACAUUUGAUUUAGAGAAUUUGGCAGUAUUGAAGGGAACGACCGUUGUGGAAAAGCCAGACCAAUUCGGCAUAAAUCCAUUCUUCAUUGAAGUAAACACAGACGGAGUCACACAGAAACCUCGUGAUUUUAAGUUCACUGCGCCCACAACGCAGAAGAAUUUGUUCCGACUACUGUCAGCAAUGAGUUUGCACAAAGCAAUUCUACUGGAAGGACCACCAGGUGUCGGAAAAACAUCGCUCAUUGAAAAUGUCUCGUCGGCUAUUGGAUACCAAAUGGUGCGAAUCAAUUUGUGUGAGCACACCGACUUGACGGAUUUGUUUGGAACAGAUCAACCGUCCGAUGAGGGUAGCUUGGCACUAACGAACGGUGAAAACGAGCAAAAGCCAGCUGUCUUAGGCUCAUUUAUAUGGCGUGAUGGCCCACUGCUGGCAGCUUUAAAAGCACCAAACACUUGGAUUUUGUUGGAUGAAUUGAAUUUAGCGCCACAAAGCGUACUCGAAGGUUUGAAUGCCAUUCUAGAUCAUCGUGGUGAAGUUUACGUCCCUGAAUUGAAUAAAACCUUCAAAUUGGAUAAACAAACGCGUAUUUUUGCAUCACAAAAUCCAUUGCGACAAGGUGGCGGAAGAAAAGGUUUGCCGCAGUCAUUCCUCAAUCGUUUCACGAAAGUCUACCUUCGCUCACUUGAUUCGAACGAUUUAUGUCAUAUUAUUUAUGCAAAAUAUAGCAAGUACUUUGAGCAACUGAAGAACUUUUUGCUACCUGAUUCCGAGGGAUCAUCACCGAUAAGUUACUUCGAAUCAGCCGAAAGUGCAACGAUCUUUGACUGUUGCGAACGGAUGGUGUCAUUUUCGGAGAAGCUCGAAGAAGCCAUUAGCAACUUGGAAUUCGGAUACAAAGGCGGCCCAUAUGAAGUUAAUUUGAGAGACAUUUUGAGAUGGUGCGAAUUGUUAAGCAGCACCAAAUCCGGAUUCAUCGUGAGGGAAACCAAUGAACAAAGCACAAUUGCAGAAAGAUACAACAACUUUAUGCUGAUUUUAUACGAGAAAAUGCAAUUGGUCUACUGUCAUCGCAUGCGUUCCGAUACUGAUAAACAAUACAUUCGGAAUGUUUUUGGCCAAGUUUUUUGUUGUGAUGCUGAAGCUCUUGAGAAGCUGUCGUGUGACAUUUCCUUCUACUGGAACGAUGAGUUUGUACAUUUCAAUGAUGUGAGAAUCAGCCGAAAAGGUCAAGAUACAAGCAUUACUACGGUAGCUAAGACUGCUCCACUCAUGCUAAACAGCCAACGACAACUUGUCAAAGCUCUUGGUGAGAGUGUCUUAAUGGAAACACCAGUCAUUUUGUGCGGACCAAAUGAUAGUGGCAAAACAAAAUUAGUGGAUAUUUUGUGUACACUUUCGAAUCACUACUGUAACAUUGAUACCAUCGAUGACUCGGUCACUGGAAGUUUUCAACAAGUCGAUCUGAAUCGACAUUUGGAAGAAAUCGCUCUGAAAAUUGAAGCGAUUUUGGUGCGAUACCAACAAAGUUGUCUUUUAAACCAAAACAAAGUGAAUGCUCAAAGUCAUUUCAUCAAAUUGCUUAGACAAUGGGAGACAUUCGUUGGAUCAAACUAUAAUUAUAAAAAUGAAAAACAAACCGAUACAUUCAUAUCUGAAGAAUUAAUCCUGUUCAACAAGCGCAUCGGUGAUUUGGGAGCACUGAUUCAUUCUCUUCUUGAUGUGAGCGUUGAUCUAGAAACCGUCACCGAGUUACAAUCCGUACAGAUAAAAUUGAAUUUCUUGGGUUCGAUCGUACGAAACAGGGGAACUUUGAAUACAGGCGGUCAUUUUGAAUGGGUUGACUCCAAAAUAGUGCGUGCCCUGAAAAUUGGUCAAUACAUUUGCUUGGAGCAUGUGAAUUUGUGUUCAUCGGCCAUUCUUGAUCGUUUGAAUUCGGUAUUCGAAACUGAUGGCAAGUUGUUGCUGUCCGAAAAGGGCGUUGAAUCGAACAAUCAGUCCGAAAGUGUAAGUAAGCACAGUGAUUUCCGUGUAUUUUUAACCUUGGACCCGCGGAAUGGAGAAAUCUCACGUGCGAUGCGAAAUCGUUGUAUUGAAUUGAGUUUAAUGGGAGACACAUACACCCGAGACGAUCUAACGGAAUUGAUCUACAUGAAUGGAAUUCAUGAGAUGUAUCUUAUUGAAUGGGCACUGAAUAUUCACCGUCGUGUUCAAAAGGUCAGCGAAUUUCACUCAUUCAAUGUGUCACACUUAACGAAGUUCGCAUUUUUAAUCAACGAAAAUCUACGGCUGGGCUUAAAUGAAGCAACAGCACUCUUUGACAGUGCUUUGGUUGUCUAUGUAAGAUCCUCACAUAUCGAUUUACUUGGAAUGGGUUUGAGCUACUAUCACGAAAAAUUGACCGAGGAAAUUCGCGAUGAAAUCAGCAAAGUUCCUGAUAAAUGCUCAAAUUUGGUACAACUUUCCAAUGUCAUUAUUAGCGCCAAUGAUCUCAACAGCCUGACACUUAUCCGAUUGCAAUGUGAACCUUUGAUUAUCACAAUUCAUUGCUUAACCGCAGAAAUCGAAAAGAAACGAGUUCAAAAAGUAUUUAACGCAGCUCGGGGAAAGUUUUCCAAUCUAUCAAUUGAUUUGGACUGGAAGUCGGCCGAAUAUCUUCUGCAGAUGGUCCAUGAAUUGAGCUCAUUGGAUGAUUUAACAGCAAGAGAACAUUAUGUGAAUUCAAAACUUCAACAGAAAUUAUUAGAAGCUAAUGCAUGUUAUCACGAUCAAUUGAAGAAUUUAAUAGAUUUAAAUCAUAUUUUGGCACAGACGAUACGAGAAACUUCGUUCAACAAAGACGCCAAUUCAAAAAGACUGAAUUCAGUGCCUUGGAAUCAACACAUCUUUCCUCGGCUUCGUGAUUACUUCGACGAAUCACCAUUGCUACUCACCAAGACUGAUCAACUGAAAUUGAGUGCUGUUUUACUGGCGAAUUUAUUAUUCGAUAAAAUCGAAGGCGAUACAACCAAAGUGAAACAAAGUCAAAUCAAUGCCAUCACUUAUUCAAAGGCAGUCAACUCUGGUACCAUUCCAAAUGGCCUGAACAUUGAUCUGAUCACGUAUUUAUAUCCACUUUUGGACUCUAUCAAAACAUUCACGAUACAAAUUAUUCGAAAAUCGAACACCAUGACCUAUCAAGAGUAUAGUGCAUUGAUUUGUGCGUAUUUAUGGGCGAACCGUUUAUAUGAAGAGUCAAGAAAUCGUCUCUUCAAACAGAAGACAGUCGAUCAAACGCUGAUCGAUAAGUUAGCACUACAUUUUAACUGGCUGGUAAAACACUUGAUCAAUCAAUUGAACAAUUUGAAAUCUACCGCACAAUCAAAGGAGCUCACUCAAUUCCGCAAAACACUCCAAAAGAUAUUGGAUUGCAACACCAUUCGCCGUCAUCCACUCAAUGAAUUACGCAAACGGUUUACGAAACGACUCACCAAAUUCAUGCCGUUCUACGAGGAAAAUCAAAUUGUUUUACACAAAUAUGAGACUGAGUUCAGAAAACAAAUGCAAUUGCCGGUGAAAAAAUGGCAGUCAUUCGAACCAACCGAAUAUUUGCAGUCGUUAAUCAAUAAGUAUCGAAUUAUUUUGAGUGACGAAAGUACGAGUUUCAAACAUUAUUUAGUUGACAAUGCCGAUGCUGAACAGCUGCAAUGGCUGGCUGAAAAUAAUGGAACGUUGACGUCAUUGGAUGAUGUCGAAAUUCUGACAAAACUCGAACAACUUUCAAAAUCUACCGCACAAUUCUGGGGACUAGGCGCAUCGAUCUCAGUCGAAGAUUUGACAGAGCAGAAUGACAAGUUUGGAAAAUAUCUCGAAUUAAAUGGAGGUAUUCCAAAUCAAACGAGCUUGGCACCAUUGAAAUUACUUGUGUCCACUCUUCCGAUAAUGGAAUAUUUUGCAUUGCGAGCAUUCAAUUCCAUUCUUCGUCGAAAUGCCCAAGUGCACCGACCAAAUAUGGAUUUCUACAAGUGUAUUCGUUCGCUUGAUGUAGAUGUGUUAAACUCAGUACGGACGGUGACCACAAAACAAUAUGGAGUGGUCGAAACAAUGUGGGAUUGGAUUCUUCAAAAAAUAAACAACAAAGGUGUUGAAACUGUUUUCGAAGUAAUGCCACAAUCAAUUUACCGAAAAAUUUCAUCAUUCGUAAAAAUGCUCGAUUCACGUAUCAUUGGCUUUGGAUACAGUUCGCUGGCAUUAAAUCAUCAAUAUCUUUUGACUGCUGACGUGAGUCCCAAGCAGCAACCAACGAUGCCAAUAAAUAGUUGUGCAUUGACUAUAUCUGCAUUCUUGUCACUCUUCAACGAAUUUGGUAAAUCGAAGUCAAUCGGUUUGGGUAAUCUAGAAGUGUGGUCAUCAACAUUAACAUCUCUAUCGAAAUUGCUGUGGAAUAAUGUUGAAACGUUCCAGAAUCGUUUCCAAUUUGAGCACACAAAUUUCGAGUACAGUCAACGGUAUGGUCGUAAAAUUUUGGCUGAAAUCAAGUACAUUCAAGUCUUAACCGAGUCCAACGUGGGUGACAAAUCCCAAGUUGAAAGUGAAUUUUUGGAAGUGGUUCAAUUGCUUGAGAAUAAAAUUCAAAGUGUACAAGCGCUGGAUGAUUCAUCACAGGCACGAUUCCAACAUUUCUACACAUCAGCUGUGAUUCAAUCGUUGGCCGUUGUUCUUGAAUUGCAUCUGAUGACAUUCACGCCAUUGGUCGAUCCAGUGGAGAAAAAUCGACUCAAGAAAACGUAUACACAAGAAAAUCAACAGCAUGUGACAGGAUUGACAUCGGCUUAUGAUUUCAUGAAGGUUAUCAUGUCGUACGAUGACUUGGGCGAACAAAUUAUCAAAGAAUCAUUCUGCGUUAAGAGCAAAGAAUUCAAAGUCUUACUCGAGAAGUACUCGGAAAAAUGUGCACUUCGGCCGGAAGUGUGUGUCUACGCUGAAUUAGUUGAUCAAAUUAAUUUUUUCUUGGAAAACGGAUGCAAGCCAAAAUCUCAGCUACAAUUGAUAAGUGACAUUGAUGCAGCAUUUGAAAGAUUGGAUAGUGGAAAUGCCAUUACACAACAAGAUCUUCAGAAUGUUGAUGAAAUUAUCAAACGCAUCGACUGGUGCAUAAACACUGCCGAGAGCUUUGAACGAUCAACCAUUGAUCGGUUUAGCACUUAUUAUCGUGACUUCACCGCACCACUUGAAUCAUCCGUCAUUAUGCUAAAGAAUGCAUUCAGAUGCCUGAAGCAAUGCCUAAUCAAUUUGAGGGAAUUGAAAUUCCUCAACUUGAAAACAGGUGCCAAUUUAAUUGGUUCGAACGAAAAUGAAUUAUUAUCAGGCGUUUUAAUCAAUCUUAUUGAGUUCCCAAGCGUUGAAAGAAGAUCACAUCUCAUGCCGGCUACCGUUCGUAUCUUGGAAACUUUGGAAAAUAAAGACUUUGCACAUUCACUCCUUUUAAAAUCAGUACUGCAAGAAACCCUUUGUUUGCUGUCCAUUUCUGGAUCGAUGAGUGACAGCGCUUUCCAACAAUUUGAUUUGACUAUUGGCAGCUUCAAUCAAAUAUGGAAACAACAAGAGGAAAUCAAAAGGGCUAAGAGCAUCGAAGAAGACAGUCUUUAUGUCAAGAAAACACGGUGUGCCGAUGAAGACGAAGAAGAAAUCACGGAGCAAGAGAUUGCAACGAUGUUCCCGAAUUAUGCAACCGCUGAUUUUGGCGAAUUUAUUCAAAUUCCAACGCUCGAAUCUGAUAAAAAAAAAGCUCCAGCCAAACCGAAACCGGUUCAAGACCUUCUAACUGAUGAUGAUUUGAAGUUUGUCGGUGAUGUUUUUCUUGACAUCAUGUUCAAGUAUUCGAGAUGUGACUACUAUAAACCAUCCGCAAUCGAAUUCAACUCCGGCUAUUAUCAAGUAGAAUUGUUGAAUGCAUUUGAAUCUAAAUCGAAUGUGUUCUAUCAAUUAAUUCAAAAGUAUAAGCAUUCACUGAGCAGUACGGUUGAUGAUGCCUCCUACGGUGGCAUUGCACUACUGAUUAACACUACAAAGAACAGAUAUCACACACAGACUCAAACAUCAUCUAAACCGUACAACUUUUAUAAGGAUCAAAACAUCCCUGAAGUUUAUAACACCGGUGAACUGCUGGACCGCAUCGAAGCCAGAGUAUUGAAUGAACUUAAGCAGUGGCCAGACCAUGCCGUUCUAAAUGAUAUAAUAAUGAUCAUUAGCCGCAUCCGAUCGCUUGACAUUACCGAGCCAAUUGCAAGAUUCAACACGGGAUUCCAAAUAUUGCGGCAGAAAGUCGAUGAAUGGAAUAGUGUUUCGCAUAAAUUGAACCAUUUGCGCGAUUUGGAAAUUGAAAUUGCGGAAAACGUACAGCGAUGGAUGAAAUUAGAACUGCAAUGCUGGAGAGAGUGUCUCGCCACUACAGCCGAUAGAGUCAGAUCCAAAGCAUACCGUUACUGGUUCUUCAUGUACAAUCUCUUGCACGAAUAUCUCGAAUGUUCGAUCACAUCAUUUUCAUGUGAUUUGACUGAUUUCAAGGCGGUGGAAAAGUAUUUUGGUGAAGGUGAAAUCGAUGCUUAUGCUGCAAGUGCGCAGCAAUCAGCACCAAAACUACGAACAGCUGAUGUGAUCAGUGUCAUAAAACAAUUCAUUGAAUCAUCAAACUAUGGCGAGUUUGAAUUGCGUAUGAAAAUCUUGAAAUCAUUCGAGCUUUACUUGCAACAAAAUAACACAAAAGGCUCCAAUAAAAAGCGUGAACGUAUCACAUCGGUAAUUCACAACCUGCACACGUAUUACUCACAAUUCGCGAAUCAAAUCACUGAAACGGUCAAGUCAAAGCGUACGCAAAUCGAGAAGAAACUCAAGGAAUUCGUUAAAAUUGAGUCGUACAACAAAGAUUUGUCUUACUUCGGCAUGAAAAACAAUGUGGCACGUGUACAUCGUCACCUGUACAAAUUCUUACGCGAAUUCGAAACGGAGCUCAUGGAAAAGGUUGCUCAAGUUUUUGUAUGGAAAGCAAAUGAAACCUAUCCACUCAACGAUGAACCAAAUGCAAAGGGUUCAACUUCAGCCUACGAACCAAAUAUCACCUCGUAUACAGUGGAUGUUAAGCAUUUUGUAUCGUCGCAAAUACCAACCGGUGAAACAACCUCUACGGACGUUUCGGUGCCAGUGAAUAGCGAAAGUUUAUUGGCAAAAAUCGAUAAAUUGUUUGGCGUUUCGCGAAAUGUUGUCAAAAAUGCCAUUUUGCAUGCUGAGUUCCCCAGUUUGUUGUACAAUUUGGAUGUGGAAUUGGCCAGUCAAAUUGAAACGUGCAGCUAUUUGCGUGGUCUAGAGGUGGAUCGGUCGCAGGAGAAACCAAAACAAAAAUCACAAGCCAAACAUAUUUUGACACAAAAGCGAAAGGCGGUAGCUGAUUGCUUCAAAAUGCUUGCCACAUUGGGCUUGAGUUUCCGAAGCGGUUUGCUCGAAUUAUCAAUGCAAACCGAAUUGGUCGACUUAAAACUGGCUCCAUUCAAUAUACAAAAUGUUAUCGAUGCGUCAACAAAGCAAGUGAAAAUUAAUCAAAGUCUUGUCCAACUCACGAAAAACAUUGAUCUGAACUAUUCGAAAUGUGUUUUCAAGUUGAAGUUACUGCAAACGGUAUUGUUGUCACCGAAUCAAGAGCUUGGACGAUCGAAUAUGGAGCGUAUCAAAGGUUUUACCACCGACAUGUUCCUUUUGGUUCAACUUCAACGGCAAACAUUGUGCAAAUCAACCACGGAACUUCAGCAACUUCAAAAAAAUAUUAAGAAGAUAAAUGAAUUACACGUAGUACUGUCCAAUGAUGAGAACGACUUCCGUUUUGAAACGAUGUCAAAGAAAUUGGAUUUAAUUGAACAGGCGCUGAUCCGAAUCUCAGAAGUUACCGAACAGUACGAAAUUCUGUUGAACUGUGUUCCAAACGAAGAAGACAAACUUUUUACUGCCAUCGAUUCGAGUGAUGUGGCUGCAUUCACGAAAUCUUCAGAAAAAUAUCGCCAUAUGAAAUCGACAUUAGUGUCCGUUUCGCAGUCAUCUAAAAAGCUUUUGGCCACAGUUCAAGCAACCAAAGAUGGUUAUUUCCAUAAUUCAAAUGCAAUGAUUACCAUUUUGAAUAGUUUCAAUCGAAUCACUGAUGCAUUGAAAUCAAUGAGUGAACAAUUAAAACUGGGCCAAAACAAUGAAUAUUUGGUGUUUGCCAAACCUCUCGUUGAUCUAUUGCAAUCUCUAAAUAUUAACUGUGAAUCAAACGAUAUGAUCGUUGAUGCUUCUGAUGAAAAUCAUUCUCAUCAAAAUAUCAUCACCGAACUGGAAAACAUUGUGCAUCUGGUUUUGCUGUCGAUGCAAAAUAUUUAUAAAAAGUAUUCAACGCCACAGAAAUCGAGUGAUGAAACACCAGCCAACGAUGAAGAUAAGGUCGAUGACGGUGACGACAACGACGACGAAGAAGAAGAAAUCAUCCAAAAGAAUCACCUGAAACAAAAAAUCACCGGUGAAAUCAAUGCCGAUUGGCAAACAUUGGCUAUAGCAAGUGUGUCGAAUAAAUUGACUAAAAUCUGCACCGAAAUUUAUCACUCAAAUAAUGAAGAACAAGCAGGUCGUCUUGAAUGCAUCAAGAAAUCGGUAUCGAUUCAACCAAUUUUGGAACAGUUUGAACUAUUGUGCAAAUAUUAUUUGAUUCAACAAUUAGCAGCGCAUAGAGUCAGCACAAAAAUGCUCAGCGUUAUGUUGAUUGUGUUCAUUGAAUUGACGGCCAAAGGAUUUUGCAUUCCACCCGAUUUGAUGCAAGACGAAGAUGGCCAACAGAGUGAAAAUGGUGAUGGCAAAGAAGGCGAAGGCUUUGGAUUGGAUGAUGGAACUGGAGAAAAGGACGUUUCAGAUAAAAUUGAGUCCGAAGAUCAAUUGGAUACGGCAAAGAAACCAGGCGACCGUGAUGAUAAUACUAAGGAGGAUGAAGACUGCAAAGAAACCGAUGGCAUUGAUAUGAGCGAAGAUUUUGACUCGAAGUUGCAAGAUAUUGAAAAACGUGGAGAUGAUUCAAGUGACGAAGAAGAGUCUGAUAACGAAGAAUUGGACAAGGAAAUGGGAGACAUAGAGCAAGGAGCCGAUAAGCUUGACGAUCAAAUCUGGGGCUCAGAUGAGGAAAAAGAUGAAAACGAGGAAGAAGAAGACGAUGAAAUGAAUGAAGAGGCAGACGCUAAAGGAUCGAAAGAAGACAAAGAAAAUCAUAACAAUCUUGAUUCUGAACACAAUGACCAGGGUGAAGGCGAGGAUCAGGAUGGAUUGGACGCAACCAACGAAAAUCAACAAGAAAAGCAACAGAAAAAGGAUCAAAUCGAUAAAAUGAACGAAGAUGAAACGUGUGAAGAUCAGGCCAAUCCGUACCAUAAUGAAUUAGAGGAGCCACCCGAGCCAGAAGAUAUGGAUUUGGGUGAUGUUAAUCUUGACAAUCAAGACAACAACGACCAAAAUGACGAGCAAAAUGAGGAAAAUCCGUUCGAUAUCGACUCAAUGAAAGACAACAUGCAGCCAGAAGAAGAUGAUGGCGAAGAAGAAGGUGAUGGUGAGACAGACGACAAAAAGGACAUGCAACAAGAUGAUUUGAGUGACAACAGCGACAUCGAAGAUGGUGACGAUUUGAAAAAGGAUCAAGAACGAAAUCAACAAGAAGAAGUGCCUGAAGAAGGAGAUGAGGAAAAUGACAACAAGAACCCAGACACACAAGAGCCAGGCAACGAUAUCGAAAAUAUGGAAGAAGAACAGGAGCCAGAGAAAGAAGGUGAAGAGCCCAGCGAACAGAAUAAAAAGGAAAACUUCCACGAAUCGAUCGAUAUGCCAUCAACAGAAGACAAUGUUCAAGCGAUGCCAGACACCAAAGAUCAAGGCACCACCGAUCAAGUGGAAACCGAAACUAAUGAGAAAAACGUACAGGAAGAUAACGUGGACGCUCAAGAUACGGGCGAGGAGCAAAGUGGAAUUGGUCAGGCAGCAAAUGAGGAAUCAAAAAAUGGACAUCAAGGACUGGCUGACAAUAAGAACACUCAAAAUACUGAAAAAUCCGAAAAGAAAGAGCAAAAAGAUCGGAGAAAACCAGGUGCUACUGAUGAUGAUCGAACCAUCAGUGAAAAUAAAUCGAGUGAAAAAAAGCAACUGAAGACAGUACAAGAGGUUGAUCAAGGCGCUCAAAAUGAAGAAGAUGCAUCGAAAAAUGAUCUAGAUGAUCCAACAAGUGAAUAUCAGCAUAUUAAAGAUGCCAAAGAAACGGAGAAUACGAUAACCACUAUGGAUAAUGCUACCGAAGAACAGUCGAAAAAAGUGAAGCAUGAUAAAGAAAAGGAUGACACCACAACGCCGGAUCUGGAGACUAAUGACGAGCUAAUGGAACAAGAAACCAAAGAUGAACCAUUGGAAAAUGUGCCAGAACAGGAUAGUGAGAAAUUCAAUGAAAGCAAUAAGAAUACCAGGAAAGGGGUGAACAACGAUCGACAAAACGAAGUAUGCGAGACGAAAGAAGAAUGUGAUGUUGAAGGUGAUGUGGUUUCAACACAUACCGUUUCACGACCUGGAGACACAACCGCUCAUUGCUCAGUCGAAAUCAUUCGUGAUUCAACUUCUGCUCAGGAACUGGACAAUGCAGAACUACUUGAUAUAAGAAAAAUGUACGAAAAGGAGAGAACAUCGAGUAAAUUGUCGAAACCAGUUCGAGAAAACUUUGAGCAAUGGCAAACGAUUAGCAAUAAAAUGUUGCCGAACGCUCGUGAGUUGUGCGAACAAUUGCGUCUGAUUUUAGAACCAACGAAAUGUACACGAUUGAAGGGUGACUAUCGAACGGGUCGUCGUAUCAACAUGAAAAAGAUAAUUCCCUACAUUGCUUCGCAAUUCCGUAAAGAUAAAAUCUGGUUGCGACGAACGAAACCAGCGCAACGAGAUUAUCAUAUCACAAUUGCCAUCGAUGACUCAAAAUCAAUGGAUUACAAUAAUUCAAAAGAGCUAACAUUACAGGCAAUUUCGUUGGUAUCACAGGCACUCACUCUGCUGGAGAGCGGCCGACUGAGUAUUAUGUCGUUCGGUGAAUCACCGAAAAUCAUUCUCAAUCAUACUGAUCAAUUUGAUGGUCCUCAAUUGGUGAAUUCACUGAAUUUCGCACAAAAUCAAAGUCGCAUUGCUGAACUCAUGGAAUUCAUUCGAGUGGCCAACAGCGAAGACUCGAGUUCAUCUUCUGACAAUGGCAUUUUUGAAAAUCUCCUGUUGGUUUUAAGCGAUGGACGAAACAUUUUUAGUGAGGGUGAAAAGAAAGUACGGAAUGCAAUCAAACUGGCACGUUUAAACCGAAUAUUCAUCGUUUACAUCAUCAUUGACAAUCCAGAUAAUAAGCAUUCAAUCCUCGACAUCCGAGUGCCACAGUUCUCAGGCGAUCGUAAGACAAUCACGAUGAAAUCAUAUCUGGACACAUUUCCAUUCCCAUACUAUGUCAUCGUAAGAGACCUAACACAAUUACCGUUAGUAUUAAGCGACGCAAUGCGACAAUGGUUCGAAUUGGUUUCCAGUGAACAGUGAAUUUAAGUCAACCAGUUUAUAAGAUAAAAAAAAUAGAGACAUAGAGAGAGUAAUUAGAAAUUGUUUCAAUUAAAACUAAUUAUUAUUCAAUAAAUUUUUUCAUAACUGAA